UACAUUGCAGCGACUUAUGCUCCUUUUUAGCGUACACCAUCACAUAAUAUGCCUUGGAUUACUGUGCUGCUGCGUUAUUUGCAGGUCAUCACACCUCAAGUGAUUCUGCUGUUAUUCCAGUUCACCCUGACUUCAGAAUGAUAGCACUGGCCAACAGACCAGGCUUUCCUUUCCUUGGAAACGACUUCUAUGCUGCUCUAGGCGAUAUGUUCAGCUGUCAUGCUGUUGAUAACCCUGACCUGGAGUCCGAACUUGUAAGUGUGUGA